AUGGCUGUGAAAUCUGGGGCCCACCUACUAACCAAGAAUUCGCCAACAGAGGACUGGUGUGAGCAGCUGCUCCCCCUGGUGAGCAGGCUGCAGCGCAGUGUGGGGGAGGUGGGCCGCAGAGCUGCGGGGGCCUUGAGCUUCGUGCUGCUGCAGGAGGCAGUAAGCAGCGCCCCCCAGGGGAUGCUGCUGCAACAGCGGAGAGACGUCGUGUUCAGCCAGGCGCUGGCCGCGCUGGCCUGUGGCUUCGUGAUGAGGCUGUAUGCGGGGGUGGAGGACCAGGCCUUCCUCAGACAGCUCCACCUGGUGGGCGUCCUGGCACAGUUUGAGGGCCUGCUCAGCACUUACAGUGAAGAGGUGGGCAUGCUGGAGGACAUGGAGGUGGGCAUCUCAGACCUCCAACGCGUCACCUUUAAGAUCACCCAGGCCAGGACAGACCAACCCUGCCACCUGCAGCCGGUCAUCAGUGGGAGGCGAGACCACUACACUGUAGAAGUUCCCCUCCCUCAGGGGGCGUUUCAGGCGUUGCCGUGGGAGAUGAGGGAGGGCCAGCCCCUGCAUGUCCACCCUGUCCUCUUCAACGUGGGGAUCAACGAGCAGCAGACCAUCGCUGAGAGGUUUGGCGACAGCUCCUUGCAGGAGAGAAUCAACCAGAGGAACUUUGAGAUCUUAGAUGGUUAUUACAGAUCGCUGAAAGAAAAGGUGUCCACAGAAGAUCUACCACAUUUUGAAACACAGAGCGACUUGAAAGAAUUACUUGAAACCUUGGGCCAGAAUGUAAUUACAAAGAAGAGGAAGAAUGUGGAAAUACUGUGGCUUGCUGGAGCGAUCUGCAGGAGGAUGAAUGGCAUCAGGUUCACCAGCUGUAAAAGCGCCAAAGACCGGACGUCCAUGUCUGUGACCCUGGAGCAGUGUUCUCUGCUCCGCGACGAGCAUCAGCUCAACAAGGACUACUUCGUACGAGCUCUCGACUGCAUGAGGAGCCGCCUGGUGCAGGGAGACGUGGGCCAAUGGGAGGACCCGGAGGCGGGCUCUGUGGCAGAGAACAAGCCGGCGUCCCGUCACUUCUAUCCAAUCGCGUUGUUGCUCGUUAGUUCCCACCUACUGGUGGUGUGGCUCAUCUUAAGUCUGGUUUUUCUGCUCGCAAAAUAUCAAUAAACUGCUGAUGAUGCCUCUUCUGACUCUUCACAUUAGGUUUGGUUGUUCUGUCUGUCUGUGUCCUUUCUCUCCAUAUUAAUCUGUAUAUAUAUAUAUAUAUAUAUAUAUAUAUAUACUCCGCUAA